AUGGCCGCAGUAUACGAGCGACACAUGUCGCGCAAUGACCAGGAGUUGGCCCGGCUGAACGGACAGUUCAAUCUUCUUACCGAGAAUCUGGGCUACCAUAUUCAUCCAACUAUUGCAGCUCGCCUUCCUGAAAAUGCCCGAAUUGCCGAUAUCGGGACAGGAACCGCUAAUUUCCUUUUCAAAAUUGCCCCCUCCUAUCCUAUGAGCACGCUGCAUGGUUACGACAUCUCCCCUUCCUUUUUCCCAUCUGAAACACCAAGCAAUAUGAAGUUGUCGAUCCUCGAUGCGCGCCAGCCUGUCCCCAAGGAGCUCGAAGGGACAUACGACCUGGUCCAUGUUCGCUUAAUCACUAUGGGGCUCUUGGAGUCGGAUUGGGGACCUGUAGUUGCCAAUCUGAGUCGCUUGCUCAAGCCAGGCGGAGCCUUGCAAUGGGAAGAAUGUAACUUCCUGGCUGCGACACAGCACGGCUUCUAUCCGGAAUCGACGUUUGGGGCUGUGCAUACUAUCGAAAAAUUGCUCCUCGAUACAUUCGCCUCUUACUUCAGGGUAGGGUAUAAAACCUUGCCGGACGAAAUGAAAGCGGCUGGGUUGACCGAGAUUGGAAUGGAAAUCGUGGGAUCUGAUCGUGUCAAAAGCACUUUGGGGCCUUAUACGGCGAACAGCAUGUGCGUAUGUUUCCAGUGGGCACGAUCAGGCAAAGAUCCAAUUCCAUUUAGUAAGGAGGAGUUGGAUCAACUCGAGGCCCAGGCGUUUCGAGAUAUCGCCUCUGGAGGGUAUGUGCGAUUUGAUAUCCAUGUGAAUUGGGGAUUCCGGCCACUGUAA